GGACGAUUUAGGCAUUUUUUCUCUCAGGGGUCGUCUGUUUUCUUGAUUAGGAUUCCGGAAUUUGAACAGAUUUUCUGAAUCCGAAAUAAUUUUCACGUGUUUCUGGGUUGAUAGAUAAGAAUCAUAACCGCCGCAAAUAAACCCUAAAGCUCCAUGGAUUCAUCUCAGCAAAACCAAUAUCCUUAUUAUCCUGCAUCACAGCAACCCUAUAAUCCAUCUCGUUUUCAAGCCUAUGAUCGUCAAUCCUAUUAUCAAUACAAUCAAGACCCAAAUCAACGACAACAGCAGCAGCAGAUGUAUAAUCAUCAACAACAGCAGCAGCAGUAUCAUCAUCAACAGCCCCAACAACAAUUUUCAUCGUAUUACCCUCCUAAUUAUUCAAGUUCAUAUCCACCACAACACCCACAAACCCAUCAACAAUGGAAUCCUCAAGAACCCCCAAUUCAUCCACCGGGGGUUUCAAUUCAACCCUCACAUGGGCAACCUCACUUUCAGUUACCGAAUCAGCAGAAUGGUUAUCACUUGCCCCAAAGGACAGACGGGGUUGGGCUAGGGAUGAACCCUGUGGCAGCGUUGGCACAGUUGAACCAGUUAGCUGGUUCUGUGGGUUCAGCGGAAAGGCCGACGGCUGGAUUGCACGGUCAGAGUUGGUACCCUCAGACACAAGGGUUCGGACCCGUGAUUGGAGGGCCGGGUACCUAUACGGGUCCGGGUCUGGGAUCUGGUGCAUUUCCUGGAAAUGGGGCGGGCCCAUCUGGAUUGCGUUCUCAUGUAAGUCGUCUCUGUCAAGCUGGUAAAUCAUUAGAUAAGGGUGGUGGUAGAAGCAGGGGUGGUGAUAGAAGGAGGGGUGGUGGUCCGAGCAAGGGUGGUGAUAGAAGGAGGGGUGGUGGUCAGAGCAAAGGUGGUGAUAGGAGGAGGGGUGAUGGUCAGAGCAAAGGUGGUGAUAGAAGGAGGGGUGAUGGUCAGAGCAAAGGUGGUGAUAGAAGGAGGGGUGGUGGUCAGAGCAAAGGUGGUGGUAGGGGUAAAGUUAGCAAUUCUGCUCGAGUUGGUAGGUGUGAUCUGUGCAAUGUUGAUUGCGGUUGUUUGGGCAUCCUUAAGAUGCACUUGAAUGGAAAGCGGCACAAAAGGAACUUGGAAAAAUUGGAAGCAAAUGAAAACAGAACUGUUGGCGAUUUCGAGAAUGUGCAGAAACCUUCUGGUGACUUAAAACCAGGAACAGCCAUGAAGCCUGAUAACUUGCUUGUGGAAGAAGAGACUAAGCAGAAUCCACCACAAAAUAUUCCUUUAACAGCCAUGAAGCCUGAUAACUUGCUUGUGGAAGAAGAGACUAAGCAGAAUCCACCAGAAAAUAUUCCUUUAACAGUCAUGAAGCCUGAUGACUUGCUUGUGGAAGAAGAGACUAAGCAGAAUCCACCACAAAAUAUUCCGUUAACAGCCAUGAAACCUGAUAACUUGCUUGUGGAAGAAGAGACUAAGCAGAAUCCACCACAAAAUAUUCCUUUAACAGCCAUGAAGCCUGAUAGCUUACUUGUGGAAGAAGAGACUAAGCAGAAUCCACCACAAAAUAUUCCUUCAACAGCCAUGAAGCCUGAUGACUUGCUUGUGAAAGAAGAGACUAAGCAGAAUCCACCACAAAAUAUUCCUUUAGACACUGUAUCUUCCGAAAAUAAAUUAGAAACUGAACAGAAAAUCAAUAAUGCACAACAAGCUGAUCCACCUAAAGAUGCAAGUCUCGAUUUGCUGGAAAAGAAGCCCAUGAUGAAUCAAUCUGGAUAUCAGAGGUCCGGUGUGAAACGCAAGGCGUUAGUUGGUGGAAGGAAGAAAAAGAAAGUUUCUAAAGCGAAGAGGCUGGCGAUUGAACCUUCCAAUUCUAAGGUUGUAAUUCCUUUGAUGUGUGACCUGUGCAAUGUGCAAUGUGAUACACGGGAGAUUCUGAGACAACAUCUUUUGGGUAGACAGCACAUUUCAGCCCUCAAGUGUGUUGAAGGUCACCACCCUAUAUAUGGACAAGCAGGACUUCAAGCGAUUUAUCCUCCUAAUCCCGUCACAAAUUCCCUAUAUUCACUGGGUGCUCAACAAGUUUUGAAUGGUGCACAAGCUUCAGAUCCCAUUGCUGGUGCAUCUCUUCUUCCUCAGAAUGAAAAUGCUGCUGUGCCUUCUGGAACAGGAGUCAGUGGUUUGAAUUGAUAGGGAAGAAAGGUUAGCAGCAGGUGAAGACGGUCUAUUGGCAGUUGACGUUGUUGGCUUCCUACAUUAAAAUCCACCUCUGACGAGGUGGUGAAAAGUACAUCUAUGGCUCAGUGUUAGGCGCGAGCUUUAGCUUAUUUUCUUCUCCCCCUUUCACCCACAGGGAUGGUUCAGAAAGUUACUUUGUUAAGCCUGCUGGUAAUUUUAUGCGAACAAGUUCAAAAGUAAUUUUCCCCAGUCUCAAGUCUGAAAACAUAAUACUUACUGUUAUUGUCUAGCUCCUUGGUAGUGAAAAUGCUAAGAGAAGAAUUAAGGUGCAGUUUGACGUUUAGAUUUCAUUUGGCUGUUAUUAAUAGAAGUACACAAAAAAAUAGUUAAACAUUUUUGUGUACUAAGAAGAAGGAAUAUAAUUGUUAAACAUUUUAACAAAUUUCUUUUAGAAAGAGUGUGAAUGUAAAAUGUCGAACACCGGCCGUCUUUCUCCGUGAAGUUAUGACAAUAACUUCGCACGAAGUUACGACCAUAAUUGAUAGAUACUACUUAAAUAUAUUUUUCUUCUCUUUUA